AGCUUUAGCAUCCGUGUUUGCCUAUCCAAGCUUAUUUAAACACACAGGCCGAAUUCAAGCUAGGGUGACCUGAUUACAAUGUUUUGAACGAAUCUCUUAUUAUAAAAUAUAUUCAAAGGAUAGAACAGCUUAAUAUUAUUGGGAAAUAAUUCGAAAAAUCACAGGAUCAUUGAUAAUCAGCGACUAAUUAAAGAAACUGGUCUAUUAAAUAUGGUGAUGAACUAUGUGUGGCUUGUUGUAUUAAUGUGUUCUGUGCAGGGAUGUGAGGUUGGAUUUUCUGGACCAAACUGUUCAAAACCCUGCCAGUACCCUAGUUUCGGCCAGCAAUGUCAAGAAGAGUGCAAUUGUACUCAGGAUAUAUGCAACAUAAUAACCGGAUGUGCAGAGUGCCCAAUCGGGUUCUUUGGCAAGCUUUGUAUACAAGCCUGCAGGUAUCCUGGCUUCGGUGCCCAAUGUCAAAAAACGUGUAACUGCUCUGAGGGAAAUUGUAACCACAUUACUGGGUGCAUGAUUAUUCAAGGAUGUGAAGAGGGGUACUUUGGACAGGGCUGUAUUUCACCCUGUCGAUAUCCAAGCUAUGGAAGAAAGUGUCAGUACGAGUGUACUUGUGCUCUCAAUGAAUGUAAUCACAUUAAGGGGUGUGGAAACUGGAGAGGAAACCAGAUGAAUACUACGAACAUGGGCGGUGUAAUUAAAUCUAGUGAUCAAACCUGGCUUAAAAAGAAACAAUUCAUCAGCAUCAUCGCUGGGAGUUCCGUUCUAUUAGUUUUUACACUGGUCGCAAUAACCAUGGUUGCUAGAUAUUGUAUCCGUCACAAGACACGUAAUACGGAACCUGAAUUUGAUUCGGAAUUUAGUUCAUUUCAAUCCAACGAGUAUGUAGCAGAUAUCACGGAUAACAUCACUUCCGUUCGGUACUGUCAACACGAUGCAUUUAGAGAGAACUAUCAAGAUGAAAUAUACGCAAAUAGCUGCAGAUAAGGAAGAAGUUGAAAACAUUUUUAAAAAUAUGUGUUUAUAAAAAUAUGCAUUACAAACUCUGGAUGUGAAUGUUGAGAUUAUGCAAACAAAAUAAAUAUAUACCAUUUUCCCCUAAUACGUAUGCCAUUUGUACAUGUGCCAGUAUGUAAAAGUAUGCCUUUAAGGAUUUUUGUGGCAUGAUAUUAGAACAAAUAGUCCUCGACACCCCCUGACGUUUAGUUUUUAUGAGAGUACGUCACAACAUUGCGUUUUCAACCCUUUUGUGAAAAUGUUUGGCAUGGGUGUCAAUUGAACCGAAGAUCCCGAGUUCGAAUACAAUAGGGACUUUUUCAUGAUUAGCAAUACUUUUUCAAAAGUCGAUUCAUACCCCAAAUUUGAACUUUCUUUUGUCAUCUCAAAUUUAUUCUUGACUUUCAUAUCUGUAAAAAAAAUAAAUUUGGUAUUGUAUGCAAUUUUUUCCAAAAGUGUGAAGAACCCUCCUUUUUGCCGAUUCGUAUAUAAUAAGUUGUAAAGUCACCAGCAAUAAAGUUCUAACAAUAAGUGACAAUGUCUUUAAACCCAUGUGAGAAGGGUUUAGCAGCAUUCAAAACUUCCUUGGUACGUUCUGUAUUUCUGUUGAUUGUUACAAAAGCUUUGUAUAAAAAAUAUAUAAUAUUUUCCAUCAAGCCUUAAUUGCUAAACUCUUAUUUAAAAAAAAACCGAUUACAAUUGAGGUUCACUACCUUUGGCAUAACUUUCACUUGAUAUUCCAGGAAAUAACAGCUACACUAAACAUUAUCAUAUGUGUAGUUGACACAUGUUGCAAAACUGUUUUAGACACCAGUGUAAUCAUAUAAAUGAUCACCUCUCUCGG